AGCCAUUUGCUCAAUGCGCAUUUAUGCCAGCAGUGCCAGAAGCAUCGCGUAGCGCAGUCGGCCCCGCUUGUCGGGGCUCGCGACGUCCGUCGGCGAGGGGGGGGGGGGGGGCGCCGAGCAGAUGGGGCUGGGCCGCGCGCGAGGCGCAGCAGCUCGAGGCGCGGGCGCGGGCCCUGGGGCAUUCGGCGGCACUGGUGGUGCACGGCGACAAGAGCGAGGAGGUGGCGCAGACGGGCGUUCGAGUGUACAAGGAGUACCUAGAGACCUAGAGACAGUGAAGGCGGAGGGCAGCGCGCGUCGACGGGGGCCUCCCGAGCAGUGCCGCCAUGGAGGGAUUCCGAGCGUUUCAGGAAACUGGUGCGGCGCGGAGUCUUCUCAGCAGAAAUCGGUGAUCAAUCUAUGCCGCGUGUCCAGGCUGCUGCUGCUCAUGCUGCUCAACGACGACGUGGGGGCCGCAGGGGCGUGGGUCGCAGAGCGCGCGGCCAGCCCGGCGCGCGGCGGCGAGGUGCACCGCGUGACGUUCAACGCGAAGGGCGCUAUGAUCGUGCCCGGAACCCCAGAGCAGGCAAAGCUUCUGGUAAAUCAGCAGGUCGAGUUUUGGGGCAUGGUCGGAAACUAGGAAAGCGAUGAGAAGGAAGCAGAGGCGAUGGCAGGCAUGCAGAGGACCCCCUUGGAGUGCCCGGCGAUCGAGCAGGGUUGCAAGAUGGUGGGGCUCCACGCGGCGUUGCUCUCAAUCCUGCGAGCGAUGGGGUUCACUUUCAAACCAGACAGGGCCCCCGGGGCGGACUUGUGACGCAGCUCGGGGCCAAGGAGAAGUAGGAGAUGGCCCAGGCGAGCAUGAUUUAGGCUGGGGGAGCUGCUUUGACUGAUGCACUGGCUGAGGGGCUCUUGCUAGGUCAGUGUGAUUGUUGUGCAUCUUUCUGUGACGGAUGCUUUGGCUGUGGGGCUACUGCUACGUCUGUGCAACGUGAUGAGCAUCUUGCUCCAGGCGUGCAUGUUCGGCAUCUAGUAGGCUCCAGGCCUGUGUCGUGUCAAUUAGUCUUCGACUGAAUAUUUUCCCUCUUGUCGUGGAGGAAAAUCUGCGCGGUUUGCCCCGCGUGGGCAUGUGUGGGCAUGGCCCAGCAUGCGUUCGAGAAUUGCUCGAACAGUUGAGUGCGGGUCUCGGCCUCUCGUGGUGCUGAGGUCAGUGCUAAGCUGCCCCAGUGAUGUAGGCUCCUAAUCGUAGUGCCGCGCCUUCCCGGUGAGCACGAGGCCCCGAGAUCCUGUCUGUACCUCUGCGUUUGAUUGUUAUCGAAGGGGGUGAGAAGAAGAGAGGCUCCCAGUAUGUUUAUGACGGCUACCAUGUGCGCGGCCGAGCGGCCGCUGUUUUUUUUGUUUCGUCGCGCGCGCAUCUGAAGGAACUCGUUCGAUGAGUGGGGCCGGGGGGGUGGGGGGGAGAGGCGCUAAACCUGAUCAAGAUCAGGGCGCAUGCCGUUCAGAAGAAGGUCUUAGGCGGUGGUGUCGCGCCCAGGCAGAGUUGUGGCAAUCGUCCAGCCGACAUUGCGCGCGCGGCAGCCGCGGCUACUCGUCUUCCGUUAGUUGACAGCCAACAGUUGCGAGCGAUGCUGAAAGUUGUUCUGACCUGGGGAUCCUGGGCCGCUACGCUUUUGGUGGGGCUGUCUGACCCUGGUCGCCCGCCGAAGCGCUUCAAAGUCAAGCUUCCGCAUGCGCACCUCAUCCCUGUCCGAUGUCCUGCCCCCGCGGAUGUGGUUUCUCGUGUUAGUCGCUUGGUGGUCGUUGGGGGCAGGGGCUCGGCUGCAUUCGUUUUUCCCAACCAUCCUGUGGUGUUGGGUCUUAGCUUUGAAAGGACGGUCCCCGCGUCCCCGCGUCCUCCCUCCCUCCUCCCCCUCCCCCACCUCCUUUCUCCCUGCGUGUCACCCACCCAGGGUGCAUUCACUGUGCGAACUCUGUGUCCUCUCGCGUGGUUUCUCUUGCGCAUCCUUGUCCAACCAACGUGACGGACCGCGGAACCAAGGUCCUGAAACGUCUUGCGAAAACGCAGUUUCGGCUUGGAUCCAAGAUGUUUCGAGUCGAUUCCAUGACGAGGUUAUGAGCCUACUGUGUGCUACCUUCCUCCAUCCUUUUCUGUUUUGCUUCAUCUCCCGCCUCGAGAUUGGCGGCAGGUUUUCUGGUGAAUUGUGACAUCCAUUGAAGAUGCGCGAGACCUCGCCUCCUUGCGUUUGAGACUGGCUGCGUUGAGGCGUUCUGCUGGUUUCAGCAGCUUUCGCCGCCGCCCGCCGCCCUACUGUUGUGUGCAUGCAGUGGUGAAAAUGGCCCCGAUCAAAGGGGAGUGCGCCACCUGCCUCUGCGCGGUGAUCGGUGACGGUGGACAAACUCUGUCCGGCGCCAGGCUGUGCCCAG